AUGAGUUCAUCACCGAAAACCAGCCUCACCUUUACUCAUAUCACGACGGCCACAGCCAUCCUGAGCAUCGAUGGAAUCAACUUCCUGACCGAUCCCUACUUCGGCGAUGAAGGGAGCUUCCCAAGCGACCUUGACUGGUCCAAGGCCCGACUCAUGGAGGACUUUGGACUGGAAGAAGCCCCGUUGAGUGUGGAACUCUCGAUUUCCAAGCCUGGAGCCAUGAAGCUUCACGAUCUGCCUCCCAUCGACGCUGUUCUUCUCAGCCAUGAAGAUCACUUGGACAACCUCGAUUCCGAAGGACGCAAGCUUUUGGACGGUCGUCGCGUCUUCACCACCAUGGACGGUGCGAAGAACUUGCAGCCCCGCCCAGCCGUUGUCGGCCUGAAGCCCUGGGAGACAGUCACAUCUGUCAUCGGGGGCAGAGAGUUCCGCAUCACAGGUACCCCCUGCAAGCACUUCCCAAUUGGCGAGGUCACUGGCUUCAUCCUUGAGUGUAAUGCGUUCGGCAUCCACGAAGAAAGCGGCAAACCAAACGCCAUUUACUUCUCUGGUGAUACCGUGUACAUCGACGAGUUGAAGAAGAUCAAGGACCGCGUGCACGUCACAGCUGCAGUCUUGAACUUGGGCAACGCUACUUUUGACUUCCCCAUCGGCCCAAUCCAAAUUACUAUGGAUGGCAAGCAGGCUGUGCAGCUUAUGGAGGAUCUUGGUGCAGACAUCAUGGUCCCUAUGCACUUCGAGGAUUGGGGCCAUUUCACAGAGCAUGGUCAGGAUUUGGUCAAGAUCUUCCAAGAGGCAGGCAUAAUGCACAAGAUCUGCUGGACAGCACCCGGGGUCACCAGAACUGUCUACUAG